AUGUCCACAUUCAAUGAGUUCGUAAAGUCGUUUGUUGAAAAGUCCUUCCAAAUGGCAGAGUGCUUCCCUGAAGAAAAUCCGAGAGAUAUACCAGAAGAAGUAGCAAGUGUGUCAGAUCCUCAAAUAUCUGUGGAUCUAUUUGGUUCAAUUGAACAAGUGUCACAAUUCUGUCUCGCGUCUGGAUCACUUGCCGUGCCAAUUCCCGAUCCAUUUCCUAGUAAUGACAAUCUGUCUCUUGGCUUUUUCUCUGUACCAUCUUCUUCAUUUGGCUCAUUUUCUUCGGUUUCUGAAUCUCUGACAGGUUACGAUACCGGCCUGUUUGCAUUCGAAGAUGAUAUACCCUCUGGAGAAACCUACAAUACAACAGUUCUACCUGAGUUUGAAGACGACGCUAUACUUUCGAUGUAUCUAUCCGGUCAAUAUCCAGCCGAUGCCCCUUUUACCUCACCUUCUGCUCAAUCUCCAUUCAUGACAUUGCCUCAGCAGCCUUACUCUCCAGCAGACUUGUUGUUAUCUCCAAUGGCCGCCCUAUUUCCACUUUCACCUCUAGUGAACCAAAAUUAUUUAACUAAUCUCAGUCUCAGCGAUCCCUAUCUGUCUUACACAAACAGCAACUUUAGCGUCAGUCCAGGUCUAAGCACCGAACCAUGGCUACAGGAGGCAGGAGUAUCGGGAUCAACAUCAGCAUCAGGACUAGCAGCAGAAGAAGCAUAUGCCAUACCACCCACUAAAUCUUCAAGUCCUGGAAAUCAAAUACGCCAUCAGUGUCCUUAUUGCACACAUACUAGCAAUCGCACCAAUAACAUGAAGGAGCACAUAAUGACUCACGACCCCAACCGCCAAAAGAGAUUUAUCUGCCCUUGUUGUUCUAAAGCCUUUGCUCGUAAACAUGAUCUCAAGAGACAUGUAAAAUCUCAUGAAAGACACCACCAAUACCACCAUCAACACCCUUACUCCAUGGAUCAUUAA